GUUUUUACAGAUUUGUCAACGUCAGUGUCACUCGGUUUUCGUACCCAACAAUUUCUACAAAUUUUUUAGUGAAUGUUUCCAAAAUAGACAAAAUAUAAAUUUAAUACUAUUGGGAUUUCGAAACUAGGUUUUCAGGCUACUCUACCACGUACACAACAAUUCGCAAAAUAGGAGAUAUAAUUUUGCGAACAUAAUCUGUAGGCUUAAAGAAAAACCAUGCCAGCCGUUCGAGGUGAUGGCAUGCGAGGCCUAGCAGUUUUCAUAUCCGACAUUAGAAACUGUAAAAGCAAAGAGGCCGAAAUUAAAAGGAUAAACAAGGAAUUAGCUAAUAUUCGGAGUAAGUUUAAAGGAGAUAAAACACUAGACGGAUAUCAGAAGAAAAAAUAUGUUUGUAAGCUGCUUUUCAUAUUCCUUUUGGGACAUGAUAUUGACUUUGGUCAUAUGGAAGCUGUUAAUUUGUUAUCAUCUAAUAAGUAUUCAGAGAAGCAAAUAGGCUAUCUUUUUAUCUCAGUACUAGUGAACACAAACAGUGAACUGAUAAAACUGAUUAUCCAAAGCAUAAAAAAUGACCUUGCUUCACGAAACCCCAUUCAUGUCAAUUUGGCUUUACAAUGCAUUGCCAAUAUUGGAAGCAAAGACAUGGCUGAAGCCUUUGGUCAUGAUAUUCCAAAACUUCUCGUCUCUGGUGACACAAUGGACGUUGUUAAACAAAGUGCUGCUCUCUGCUUGUUGAGGCUUUUUAGAACAUCUCAAGAAAUUAUUCCUGGAGGUGAAUGGACCUCCAGAAUCAUCCAUUUACUUAAUGACCAACAUAUGGGGGUUGUUACUGCUGCAACUAGUCUAAUUGAUGCUUUAGUAAAGAAGAAUCCUGAAGAAUAUAAGGGGUGUGUCAGUUUGGCAGUGUCUAGGCUUAGUAGGAUUGUCACAGCUAGCUAUACUGAUUUGCAAGACUAUACCUAUUACUUUGUGCCAGCACCCUGGCUUUCUGUCAAAUUGUUACGGUUGUUGCAAAAUUAUACACCACCCGCGGAAGAUCCAGGUGUACGUGGUAGACUAAACGAAUGCCUUGAAACGAUUUUAAACAAAGCUCAAGAACCGCCAAAAUCUAAAAAGGUGCAGCAUUCGAAUGCCAAAAAUGCCGUUUUGUUUGAAGCCAUCAGUCUAAUUAUUCACAAUGAUAGCGAGGCAAAUCUUCUAGUACGUGCCUGCAAUCAAUUGGGUCAGUUUUUGAGUAACAGAGAGACUAACUUGCGUUAUCUUGCUCUCGAGUCUAUGUGUCAUUUAGCAACUUCCGAAUUUUCACAUGAGGCUGUUAAGAAGCACCAAGAAGUAGUAAUUCUAUCAAUGAAAAUGGAAAAGGACGUCUCUGUAAGACAACAAGCUGUCGAUCUUUUAUACGCCAUGUGUGAUAAAAGUAAUGCGGAAGAGAUUGUCCAAGAAAUGCUAAAUUACUUGGAAACAGCUGAUUAUUCCAUUAGGGAGGAAAUGGUGCUCAAAGUGGCUAUUUUAGCAGAGAAAUAUGCCACAGAUUAUACAUGGUACGUUGAUGUGAUUUUAAAUUUGAUAAGAAUUGCUGGAGAUUACGUUUCGGAAGAGGUGUGGUACCGGGUUAUCCAAAUUGUCAUUAACCGCGAUGAAGUACAAGGUUAUGCAGCAAAGACAGUGUUUGAGGCGCUACAGGCUCCAGCCUGCCAUGAAAAUAUGGUUAAAGUUGGAGGUUACAUUCUUGGUGAAUUUGGAAAUUUAAUUGCGGGUGAUCAACGUUCCUCUCCAGCAGUACAAUUCCAACUUCUACACUCCAAGUACCAUUUAUGCUCUCCAAUGACUAGAGCUCUUCUUCUUUCCACCUAUGUAAAAUUCAUUAACCUCUUUCCUGAAAUUCGGAGUCAGAUCCAAGAUGUCUUUAAGCAAGAUAGUAAUCUUCGGUCAGCUGAUGCGGAAUUACAGCAAAGAGCUUCAGAAUACCUUCAACUUAGUAUAAUAGCCAGCUCAGAUGUGUUGGCUACUGUGUUGGAAGAAAUGCCUGCAUUCCCGGAAAGGGAGAGCUCAAUUUUGGCUGUACUGAAAAAGAAAAAACCUGGUAGGGUGCCCGAGGCGGAAAUUAAAGAGAAUAAGAGCCCUACUCCUGUUACUACGGCAAAUCAUAACAACGAAAGUAAUAUCAGCAGCAGUAAUCAAGCUGAUUUACUUGGUCUCUCAACCCCUCCAACAUCCCAGCCACAUAAUGCAGCCAAUACUGGCAAUCUUUUAGACGUCUUGGGAGAUAUUUACACUAAACCUAGCAACAAUGUCCAAGCACAACCCUCUGGAUGGUCUAUUGACCCCAAAAAGUUUGUAUGUAAAAAUAACGGAGUGCUGUUUGAAAACGACCUAAUACAAAUCGGGGUGAAGAGCGAGUUUCGCCAAAAUUUGGGACGAUUAGGCCUAUUUUAUGGAAACAAAACCAGCCAUCCUUUACAAAACUUUGUACCUACCUUAAUGUGGACCGAAGAGCAAAAUGCCAAAUUAAAUGUUCAGAUGAAAGCGGUAGAACCGGUUUUAGAAGCUGGUGCUCAGAUUCAGCAAAUGAUUAAUGCUGAAUGUAUUGAUGAUUUUACGGAUACGCCAAGCAUAUCAGUUAGCUUCUUAUAUAAUGGCAUGCCCCAGAAAAUUAUGGUCAAGCUUCCUCUAACGCUUAAUAAAUUCUUCGAACCAACAGAAAUGAAUGGAGAGUCCUUUUUCGCUAGGUGGAAAAACCUGGGAAAUGCAAACCAACAAAGAUCUCAAAAAAUAUUUAAGGCUUCAACGCCGAUGGACUUGCAAGCAGCUAGAACAAAAAUGAUUGGUUUUGGUAUGCAGCUCUUAGAUGGUAUCGAUCCGAAUCCAGACAAUUUCGUCUGUGCUGGAAUUAUUCACAUGAAGUCUGCACAAGUUGGGUGCUUAUUACGCCUGGAACCAAAUAAAAACGCUCAGAUGUACCGUUUAACAGUUCGUUCGAGCAAAGAAAGUGUAUCUGUUGAACUCUGCGAACUUCUGGCCGAACAGUUUUAAAUGCGAAUGUAUAUCCAAAAUAUUAACCUACAUUCCAUUUUCUGUAGCUGUGUGAUUAAAAGAGGGAAAUAUCAGUUAAAACUCAUUUGUAAAAUAUAUCGUGUUGUAACAACUCGUUAAAUUUUUGAGACAAAGACUACUUUGAGACAAAGUAUCAUUAUUAUAUACAUAACAUAACUAAUAUAUACAUAUUUGUCAAAAAAUGAAGUGGCUUGCCAAAGAGUUCAGCAGCAUAUUUCAUGCAGUUCAAUUUAUCUGAGCAUUUGCUUAAAAUAGUUGACUUUCUUGUAUGUUGGGUAAUGAGAAAUUAUAAGAUUUUUAAGCCAGUAUUUAACAGAUUAUAAAUAGGUAGAUGAUGCUCUCUGUUUACAUACGUGCAUAAGAGAUAAACAAAAUCAAGUCACAACUAAUGUUAUGCUUUUUUACUUUAUUUUUCAGAUUUGUUCACCCCACAUUUACAUAUUAUCUAGUAUGUUAUUAUUUAUAAAAUUCAUAAUAUGUUGUUUGAUGCCCUAUUUAAAUAGCUUUCUAUACAUUUUUUUAAUAAAUUCUUUUUUAUGCUAUAUUAAUUUUUAAACAAUUUUAGUAUGUAUUAAACUAUUGGGCCGAUAAAUCAUUGUAUUAGGAACAAACAAAUUCAGUUCAUAAGUGAUUUAUUCAAUCAGAUGUGUAGAAGAAAAAUCUCCGUCUGUGCUAAUAAAUAAUAAUGUUAUCAGAAUAAAUGUCCAAUAAAACCAUAUACUCUGGACAUGCAACUAAGGCGACAGUUUCCCAGUAAGUCAUUUGGUUUACGAUUUUUCCCUGUUAGCGUGUUCAAUAAUUUUGAAAAGUGAAGGUCAAGUAUCCAAGAAUGUAUCAAAAGCCAAGUUUUAAGUAGCAUAUUAGACGUUACGACUUCAUUUUUUGACCCCCUAUUUAGAUAUUUAAAAACCUCUUGGCACUCUGUAAAUGUAUUUUAAGUUCGCUUGUUAUGUGGUUCUCUUCUUUGCACUCAAGUUUAAAUGUCGUUGAGUAAUAGACAAUAAGUGCCCCCCAUCCCCGUCUUGUAACCAAAAAUUUAUGUAUAAAAAUAACAAAGAUUUUAAAUGUGAAAUGUGUAAUAGAUGUAAUUUUGAUUGAUUUAUUUUAUGCAUCGUAUUUUCUUUGAAAAAAAUAUAAUACUCGUUACUUUACUUGCAGCCGAUCAAAAUGCCAUUCAUUAGGCCAUUGGUAUAUUUAAUUUUAUGUUUUAAAGUAGAAGAGAUUCUUUGAUUUUGGGCUUGAUGUUACUUUAGAUAGAAUUGGAGAUAAUACAUUUGUGUAUGCGCUCAGUAAGUUUGUCAUGUUUAUGUAGUUUAUAUUAGAAAUACAGCAGACCAGAGAAGGGUCCAGGGAUUAUGACGCAAUUGGGUGUGUUUAGGUCUAUUUUAAUUUUUUGGUAUUAUUUUCUGAAAUGAAGUUAUCACAGAUGUCUAAAGAUUUCGCUAUUCCACAAUAAAUAUCUCAAAAUCAUAAAUAAUUUUAAAAACCAACCUCUGAAUAAUUAAUAAUAAUUUUGAACCACAUCUUCGUCAUUAAAACUGACAUAUUGAAAUACAUAUUGCGCCACAUUCUCUUGAAACUUUAUAUGUAUUAUUAAAAUGCCUUUCGCUGAACAAGACACAUAACUAUAGAGGCGGUAUCUUCAAUUUAGAUAUAAGAUUUAAAAAAAUUGUACCAAAAAAAUGUUUUAUGACGAGCUUGAAGUUUAAAAGAAAGUACUAAAUAUUAAUUAUAAUUAGUAGAAUAACAAACUCAUUUUUAUUGUUUUUUUAAGUCUAUUAAUAUAUUCAUAUAUCGUUACUGUUUUA